CAUAUUUUGUCGAUCGUGACUCUGCAUUCGCGAAAAAGAUGGGAACUGCAAGAUACGACCGAGCCAUUACUAUCUUCUCGCCCGACGGGCAUUUGUUUCAAGUUGAAUAUGCCCAGGAAGCUGUCAAGAAGGGUUCUACUGCUGUUGGUGUCAGGGGAAAGGACCUGGUCGUUCUUGGUGUAGAAAAGAAGGCAGUAGCCAAGCUUCAGGAGGACCGAACAGUGAGGAAGAUUGCUCUUCUUGAUGACCAUGUGGCGAUGGCUUUUGCUGGGCUGACUGCAGACGCCAGAAUUCUAAUAAAUCGAGCUAGAAUAGAGUGUCAAAGUCAUAAGUUAACUGUAGAGGAUCCAGUCACACUGGAAUAUAUCACUCGAUACGUGGCACAGUUGAAACAGAAAUACACACAGAGUAAUGGUAGACGACCAUUUGGUUUAUCAGCUUUGAUCGUGGGAUUUGAUUAUGAUGGAAAACCAAAUCUAUACCAGACAGACCCCUCAGGAACAUACCACGCAUGGAAGGCAAAUGCUAUUGGACGAAGCGCCAAGGCCGUUAGGGAAUUUUUAGAAAAGCACUACACAGAAGAGCUUGUCGAGUCGGAGAAGGAGACCAUCAAACUCGCAUUGAAAGCAUUGAUGGAAGUGGUGCAGUCAGGUGGCAAGAAUAUGGAAAUAGCUAUCAUGAGGAGAAAUGAACCACUCAAGAUGAUGGAUCCUGAGGAAAUCGAGGAACUCAUCAAAGAGGUUGAAAAAGAAAAAGAGGAAGAAGCGGAGAAAAAGAAACAAAAGAAGGGGACAGAGACAUCUUAGGAUAAUGAGCAAAUAAGAACUUGAUGGUAUCCUACACUUUCUGGCUGUUUGCUGGAGAUAUCUGAUUAGGGGGUCACUUUCUAUUGGCUGGGAUGUUGUAUUGCAUUUUGAUCAUGAAGGGCUUUUUACCAUUCUCAUAAAAAAACCUCAACAGGUUGUUCUGAACAAGUUCUAAAAUAGCAGUCUAUUAGCGCUGGCCCCCUUCCCAGAAAAGUUCAAAACCUUGAGAGUGAGGUUGGUCAGUUGGAAGACUCAGCGCUGAUGUACUAUGUGAGGUGUUCAGUACCCAGAAAUGUGGUUAAAACUUGUGUGAAGAUAACUUUUGGAAGUGUUCCAACUCUUGUGAGACUUAAAAUGUACCAGGUCUGUGGGAUUGAGGGUGGUGAUAUUCAAGCAGUGUCCAUGACAUUGUAUCAUGUCAUUUGGAACUAAGUCAUGAGAUUGAAUAAGUUUGCACUUAGAAUGUCAAUGAGAACUCGGAAUUACUGAUAAAAUCAUCCUCGGGGCGGGGGCGGGGGGGAGGGGGACAUUUCAAAAUUGUAGUGAGCUUGUCCAUUCUAGUCAGUUUUGAAAUGUCUUCUCGGUGCAUAAUGUUCACCGGGUUCUUUUGCGCCUUCUUCAGUUGUUGCAUUCAAUGUGCUAGUUUUGUAACAUAGCUAUUGUUGGGUUGUUCUCAAGUAAAGCUAUGCUACCCUUUGGGCAUCUGAAGAGUGUGAAGGGAAGUCAGCUCAAGUAAAUCACACAACUGUGCUUUCCCUAAUUUUGGUGAAAUCUUAAUAAAA